UUGCCAUAUCUGUAAAACUAUUUUAAUAUCUAAACAAUUUCUAGACAAGAGUGACAGUCCUCUAGUCUAAAAAAUUAGAUUGGUUUUCUUGUUGCGUCGCGAUUUUAUUUGUGAUCGAGGAGAUAUUACAUCCGUGGAGUAAUUGUUUAAAUUUUACUACAAGUAGGUAGUUCUUUAUGUUACUCAACGAAUUGUAAGAAACCUUUGUAGCGAAGGGAAACGCAACGAUGGCACUGCGAGCUCAUUUCUCCGUUUCCUAAAGUAUACCCUCACCAAUCAUAAUAUAAUACAACACAGUCAAGAUGAUGUCGUCGGGGCAGGAGUUGUUUUCUUUGUACGACAGCUCACCUGAUACGCUGUUCGACAUUAGUAUGAAUUACAUCGUUAAUAAUCUAAAUAUAAUUACGACAUUGGAUCCGAACACUCGAUGGCGUAAGUUGAAAGAUGAUGUGAUUCUACCUUCAGAGAUUUGUGAAAAGUUCUUGGAGGCAUACCAGAAGAGCAACAGAGUAAGUGAUAGCAUAGCGAACAUAUUCCGUGACCGAACACGCACCAGGUUGUCCGUGGUGAGACUCCGCAACUCGCGCAUCACGGAUGAGGGGUUCCGCUGCCUCAUGGAGCACAAGCCCUUCGAGCUCGAAGUGGUCCAGUGCGAGUAUCUUAGUCCCAGCUCCCUGGACAUCAUAAAUAGCAACAGCCAAAACCUAGUCUCUCUAAAAGUGGGGCCUCUGACAUAUGUUCUCUCACAAGACGAAACUCUCUUCCGACAGAGAGGAUAUAUAAUUGAUGCGCCUAAUUUGAGACGGCUCACACGCCGAGGACUUGCAGUGUUUCCACUACUGCUUUUAAAAUCACUGACUAACCUAACACACUUAGACUUGUCGAAGACCACUUCGUCGAGCACCAUUUGGGUUUUAAAAGAUUUGAAAAACUUGAGAUCUUUGAUUUUGCACAGUGUGCACUGGACAAAGGAUGUUAUUGAUUGGAUAGCCACCUUGCAUACCUUGAGACAUUUAGACAUCUCGCAGUCUAAUGAUAGGCAUGGGAAAUAUUUCAAACCAAAUGAUGUACUGGCUAAACUUAUAAAUAAUCUUACGCUCUUGGAAUCCUUGGAUAUAUCAGGGACUAAUCUUGCGGGCUCUGGGGCGGCAGCAGUGUCCAAUAGUGAAGGUACUUCAGAUAUUGACCAAGUGAGAUGUGAUAUACCCGGCUUAGCUGCCCGUGUCAACAGGCCUUUAGAGUUUCUGGGCCUGUAUGGGACACACCACGGAGCUUGCAAAAGGCAUGACAUUCCUGCCAAAGUGAUAACGGGUGAUGCCAAUGUUGAACAAAUCUUGACUGCUGCAGCAGCAUACAUGGAAAGGCCAGCUAUUCUUACACGUGUCCUCAAUGACCUUUAUUAUUUGUUCCGCUAUGAGAACAAUGCUUACAUAGGCCGAGCACUAGCAGUGGUCCUAGAUGCAAUGGAUCAACAUGUUUCAGAAAAACAUAUACAGAUAUCUGGCAGUGCAACACUUUUCUACAUAGUCAAAGGGAAAGAAAAAGGGCGUAUAGGUAUCAGACUAAAAAAGCGAAUAAUCACUGCUCUCUUAGAUGGAAUGGAGGCUCACCUUGGUGAUGACACAAUGAUGAGGAAUGGGUGCCUCACAUUGUGCCAGUUUAAAAUACCAACAGACGUUCUGUUUGAAUACGAGCGGGUAGUGCAAAUCCUGCUGAAUGGAGUGGCUGACGUGAACCAGGAGGGUUUCGUGCAGCGCAUAGCGAUAUACCUCCUCAACUCGCUCGCUUGCCAGGUUGACGGCACCCAGAAGCAGUUCCUGGGCAACCAUGGCGCGAUAGGGAAAAUGCUGAACCUGAUCGCCGACCGGUUGGAGCGGCGGCUGUGUGACGACGUGCUGGAGGUGGCGUGGUCCACCAUGUGGAACGUCACCGACGAGACGCCGCAGAACUGCCAGCGCUUCCUCGACAACCGCGGCAUGGAGUUUUUCCUCGCCUGCCUGAAGAGCUUCCCAGACAAGGAGGAGUUGUUGCGCAACAUGAUGGGCCUGCUGGGCAACGUGGCGGAGGUGGCGGAGCUGCGCCCGCAGCUCAUGAACAAGCUGUUCCUGUCCGUGUUCUACGAGCUGCUCGAGUCCUCCAGCGACGGCAUCGAGGUGAGCUACAACGCGGCGGGCGUGCUGGCGCACAUGGCGUCGGACGGCCCCGCGGCGUGGACGGUGGAGGAGCCCGAGCGCGAGGCGGUGCUGGCGCGCGUGGCGGCCGCCGUGGAGCGCUGGGACCUGCACGCCGAGCGCAACAUCAACUACCGCUCCUUCGAGCCCAUCCUCAGCCUGCUGCACGCGCACCACACGCCGCAGUGCCAGCACUGGGCCGUCUGGGCGCUCGCCAACCUCACCACCGUCUACCCGGACAAGUACUGCGGCUUGGUGGAAGCCGAGGGCGGGCUCAAGCUGCUGGUGGACCUGCUGAACCACCCCUCGCCGUACGAGCUCAUCAAGGACCUCGCCUGCACCGUGAUCGGCAACUGCGCGCGCUACGCCAACCGCGUCACGCCCCCGCUCCCCGUGCCGCUCUCCCCGGACAAUUAACUAACGGAGUACUUCGAGGACAUCAGUCCUCGGCUGGAAGAUUAGCCCCGUGCGACCAAUUAAGGUAUCUCAAGGCAGGGGUCGGCAAACACAGGCUUGAGAAUUGAGAACUCGGAAAACUAAGACCUUUACCACGCUUGCCGACCCCUGUCUUAACCCUUUCAUUGCAAUUCGCCUUAUACGAAAAUGUCACUAUUAUUACAAACAGUCGAAGUAAAAAUAAUCUUCAGGCCAAUCAGAUCGAAAUGCACGGCGCCCUACAAUUUAAGGUGACUGGAUUUUCAAUCGUCAAGUCUUGAAUUGUAUUGAAAGGUGAUUGAAACAAAUGAUGAAUUAACUGAGUCGCACUCACAUGUAAUAUAGGAUGGAGAUAUGAAUUCUUAAAUUAAGAUAGCGCUGAUAAAGGUACUCGACUAUUGUUGUGUCUCUUUCUACUAUUCAAUAUUUCGGUCAACAAUAAUUCAAUACCUGCAAUUUUUUUUAUAAAACCACGUUGGUACACCUAAAUCGAGCAAUGAGCUAAGUAUAUGUAACACUAUAAAUAUAUGAUGGAAAGAGUAAUCUGGUUUAGGUGUACAUCUGUGAGUAAAACCCUGUUUUACUCAUAAUUUAACUGCCUUUGACGGAAUUUUGUUUGGAUGUAACAGAGAAUGAACUUCCUGGAGCUGUGACAUAUUUGGUGGGUCUAUACUUCGUUUUUGUUAGCAUUUAAAAAAGGAUAAACAAUCAGACGUGUCUUUUUAUUGAAAAACUCUUAACUAAAUAGUAACAAGUAGUUAAAAAGCCAAAAUAAUGUAAAUCAUUAUAUAAUAUGCUAUAUAAUUGUUACAUAUUCGCUGUAAAAAGACACGUAAAGAUUCUAAUUCGGUAAAAAGACACGACAAGAUUGUAUACCCUUUUUUUAAUGCUAAAAGUAUAGGUGAUACGGGCCCGACACCUCGCUCCUCCUUUAGGCCUUACAACGUUGUAACUUAUGAAAGCGGUAGCAGUGUACCUAUUUUUUGAAUAGUGAAUGUAGCGCUUCAACGGUAAACUAGCUGCUGUAUAUAGUUCUGCAAACGUCUUUUCUAAUACUGCUGUCAUAUUAUGUUGAUACACUGAACCAAAAAAACUUACUUUCCUGCGCUUUCGUUCAGUAUCUUGAAAUCUAGAUUGCAAUAUUGGGUUCAGAACCCUUCAUAACUUUCUUGUAACAAAUAUACUUCACGUCGUGAUGUCGGUCUAAUAGAUAACAUAUUGUUUAUAAACCUGUUAUACCUUAAACUUUUGGCACGACGUAGAAGAACAAGAAAUUCUGUAGAAUCGAUAAGUUGAGUGAACGGCUUAAAUAGUAGUGAACUUCAGCAGCGAGUCACCGAAGACCCGUCAGCAGGGUACUCCAUGGCAUCGACCAGUACUAACUGAUGGUCUAGCAUCAGUUGCAUUAUCGCGCGCGACUCCAUACAACAAGCGCGACUACAAGUAUGGACUUGCGCGCGAGAAAAACUUAUGCUAGACCGCCAAGGCUCUUUCCCGCAGGAAUUAGUUGUAAACGAAUUUAUUAAUGGGAUUUGAACUUUAUUCCCGUUUUCUGUCUGCACGAGCGAGGCCACUGUACAUCUAAUCGGGUUUUAAUAUGGCGUUAAAUCGAGCUUAGUGACACGUUUCAUUGCUUGGAGAUAUCUGGCAUCGGUGACGGAGAAACUCUGCAUGUGAUGAGAAUAAUGUUACAGUCAAUUAUAAUACAUUAUUUUAAAUAUGCUUGCAGUGGGAUUUGACAGUUUGUUCAGGAAUGAUUGUUAGUAAUUCACAUAUUACUCCAAGCAAUGAUCGUGAAAGCACCUUUAGAUAAAUCUACACAUCUACUUGUCUGUUUAAACCGAAACAAAUUAUAUGUAAUAUCGUUUAUUCUAUGUACACUAGUGAGUUAUUUUUAGUGUUUAUAUAUUAAGUGUAUUGAUUGUGUACAUACAUUAUGGUACUGUAGGUAUAUUUAUUUCAAUUCCUUCUAUAAUAAAAAAGUAUUAAUACAAUUACACUAAACACUGUGUAUUUAAAAUAAGUAAAUAAAUACGUGUCACAUAGUGUUAUAAAAUCAAGUUGUACCUACUUAUUAUUAUGAAUCAAAAUUGAAAUUGUUAAUAUACUACAUGUAUUUCAAAGCCAUUAUUAUUUACGAAGGACGCUAAUUGUAGUAACAUAAAAUAAUAACGAUAUGCGAUAUUUAGGCAAUUGAUAUGUCUAUUAUUGAGAGAUACAUAUGUAUUGAGUUGAAUAACUGUCUCCUGAAAUGUCGUUAUUCUUCACAAAUUAUUGUUUGUAAAGAAAGCAGCUAACCGAAUUAUUGUAUUGCUUGUGCAGAGAUUAUGGCGCUAGUUAGGAAAGUGGUACCACCAUUGACACAAGCAACCGACUAUUUGUAACAAGGAAUCUUUGUUGUGCGGCAUUCGGUAGUUCGGUAGUGUUAGAUGUGAUACUAUUUUAAAAUACCUUGUUCUGGAUACGGAUACCUUAAUUUAUAUCUAGAUUACGAUCACAGUAGAUUUUGACACCUAGUUACUUAAUCCAAUUAUUAUAUGGCUAAAUUUACACUCCGGCUUGACAAAAAUAUGAAUAUAAUGUCCUUCUCGUCGACGACUGACGAGCCUUGUUCGAACAUAAGGUCGAACAGACUAGCAUAACGGUAUAACUACAAGUAUGAGCAGCUAGUUAAGUAUCGCAUUCAGUGCUCCACGGGAAUCGAAGUCAAGCCCCGAAUGAAACCGAUGUAGGGACUAAGGACCGCCAUUACCGCUUAACUCGGAGAGGUUCGUGAAGUACUUGAUGUGUAAGGCAGCGGUUAUCGAGUAGAAGGCAGCUCAGUUAGGGAUGGUGUACUUUGUUAAGUAUUUUUUUACUUGCUGAUCCCGAACCACACUAGUAAUCAACCAUUAGAACUCGUCAACUGUCUGAGUUAAGCGGUAGACCUGAAGAAUAAAGAUUAUGUAUUCAUAUAUUAGUUGGAAAGCCAUCUAUAUGAACUUCUAACGGAUUGAAAACACUUUUAUCAGGACACUUCUAUACCCUGUCCUUUAUUUUACAUAGAUUAAAUAUUAAUAUGGUCGAGUUAGGAAUACACGUUUUUAUUGUAGUCUUUGGGAUUUGGCGGAACGUGGGGUAACGACUCCCGGCCGCGUAUAGCUUAUUCUAGUUAACUUACAUUAUAUUUUUCGAUAAUUGUAGGUUAAGUUGAAUCAAAAUAUAUGAAGGAUCUAUAGGUACGUAUAUGUAGCGUACGGUGCGUGAUGAGCAUGCAGUACAUGAGCGCGGCUGGCACGUUUGCCGCGGCUCGCGCGAGACGGCCGCGUGGGCGCCACAUAUACCUAUGCAAACGCGCAAAUUGCGGAAACAUGUAAAAAUUGUUCACUGACGGUGGCGCCCUAUUAUUAUUUGUUCAUUAAUGGAAUAAAUAAUGGAAAUCACUUAUUACAUUAAGGAAAAAAACACUGAUUCACUAAAAAGAAAAAAUAAUAAUCAAUAAAAUAAGGCUACAGGAUACUUAGAUACAGAUAUAGUGCAUAAUUGUUUUCCAUCGUAUUUUCUCGGAAACGUUCAUAUUUGUCAUGCUACUUAAGUCAACCUCACUACUUUUUGAACUGAGAUUGACUGAAAUAGUAAGACACGUGAGUACGUUUCCGUGAAAAUACGAUGGAAACAAUUAUGCACUACAUUUGUAAUAGUACUACGUACAGAAUUCUCACUGUCUAACAAAACCGAUGUAUGACAUCGAAAGGUUGCCACUAAUCACGUGGGCGCUCCCUAAUGGGCCGAUGAGGCGUUUUUUUCUCGGUCAUUGCCUUUAAUGAUUGCUCGGAGUAGCCGUGCCGAGCGCGCGAACGAUUGAGUGAAAUACUAUUGACCGAGCGAAGAAAGUUAGGAAUAUUAACGAAUCAAAUGCUAUAGUUGACACAGUUAAUUGGCCAUUCUUAAACCAUUUUGCAACGAUAACGUCUACUAGCGAUAUUAUUAUGAAUAUUGCAAAUAAAAAAUAUAUUAACACGUUCCCUGUUACUGUGAGUGGAGAGAACGAAAGUUAGUUCUUAAGACAACUUAAAUAUGUUGUAUGCAAAACGGCAUGAUUUAAUGAAUCAACUCGAGGUUGUAACACUCUGAUAUCAUGGACGAGGAACGUGUCGAAGUUCUGACUAUUUAAAUUUACAUUGUAUUGUAAAUGUCAAGGUGAUAUAAAAUUAUUCCAUCAGACGGCUUGGCGGAGAUGAUCUCUUAGGUGCAAUUAAUCUGGAACUCGACUUGGUUUUAAAAUUGUCUCCGCGAUCCGUCCAACCGACACAUUUUAUAAUUAAAUUGAACAAUAAUAAAUUACGUACACAUAGGGCGUCACGUAAAUUAUGAAAUGAAGUAGGGAAAAGUGUGGAGGCUUCGUACACUUAUUAUUCUAAGUCUUGCAAGACAAAAGCUAAUUACUACUUGAAUACAUAUUUAAUGCUAUUGAGUCGUCAAAUUUUUACCUGGCUUUGAUAAUAAUUUAAUAAUACACUGCGGUGUUGCUGCUAAGUGGCAUAUCCAAUGAUAGUUUAUGUAAAUAUAAAUAAAAUGGGAUUGUACGAAGGUACCCUCCUUGGCAGGUAGCAUUUAGUUCGUACUCGUACUUCGAUCAUUUCUAUCUUGCAGAAUAAUUUACCCAUCUCUUGUCACCCAUGCUCCCUCUGUGAGUAUUCUUCACACUUAUCCCUGUUGGUUUUAGAUCAUAUUUUGUAUUUUCUUAACCGGAUCUAUGUCCCUAAUGGAAUUGAAAUGAUGAUUUUUCUAAACUUGUUUUAAUUUGUAAAAUAGUUGGUACUAUUCUUAGCGCCUACUGGUACUUUACAUAGAACCUGUAAUUUAUAUUCUACAUUUGCAUGGACCUAAUACAAUUAAUUUAAGAUUUUUAGCAUAGAUACAAUAUUAAAUAAAAUUGUAAUUGUGAUCAGCGUUCUUAGAUGUGAGAAUAUAUUAUUAGUAUAUGCAUAUAACAUUUUUAUCGCUGUAGCUUCGUUUUUAGAUGUUUAGUUAUAAUUUAUAAAUUUUAAACAUCAUAUUAUCGAGCAUGGAGUGCAACGCGAUGUAAUUAUUUCAUUUGCUUUGAUUUCGUCACCUGAUAUAAUAGUUUUAAGCUUUGUUUGUAUUUUUGUUUUAGUUGUUAUAGAAUCACCUCCUAAUUAUUUAGACCGUUUCAGUUAUGCUUUUUUGAUUAAGUCAAGUUUUAGUAAAUAGUGAAUCACCUGAAUCUUAAUGCUUUUUUUCUAUUGCGAUUGUUAUUUGGUUUGAUUUUCUGAAUUCAUCCUUUAAGAUGUUCUGUGCUUUCUAUUCGUGUUUGAAGCUCCUUUGUUCAAUGUCAGGCAAAUUAAAUAAUUGUUCCGCCCAAUUGUUAUAAUAAAAGCUGUUUACGCUAGUUACGAGCAACUCUUGCAACUAAUUUGAUAAUCAUGUGUGUUCUAAACAUGAGUUUAACUAUUAUCAAACAUUGUUUUAUUAUUUUUAUUAUAUUAGUAACAAAAUAGCCUAAAAUAUAUAAAUUAUUUGUUAGAUGCAUCAUCUGGAUUAACUUUAUUCCUUUAAUGUUAAAGCUGUUAUUUAUGUCGAAUACACUGUCUUUAUUAAAGGAAAUGUCUUUCUAGAGAUUGCAUGUUUUAAAUAAAUAAAUUAUUUAAA